AUGGACCAGGACGCCCACCGUAACCACCGAGUACCCCGUUUCGAGCUGUGGAGGCGGUACCAGCAGCAGGGUGCCGCCCAAGUGCCGGCCCCCCCGCCAGCACCAAUACAGCAGUCGCAGGGUUCCGGGAUUAGACGCCAGGAGCUGCGGAUAUCAGCUAUCGGCCCUCCACGGAGCCUGCAAACACCACCACUACCACCACCACCACCACCGGCGACCGCAACCGCAACCGCAACCGCAACCGCAACCGCAACCCCUCAAGCUCCCGCAGACUCCAGUGCCAGUGGGAGCUCCAUGCAGAGGCCCUCCUUCACAGCUCCUACCUCACAGCCGUCUUUCCAGUCGCCCGCACGCCCCACGCCCAAUCCCCGUACAACAGCGCCCCCGGCAUCCACGCCCCAUGAAGCUCCCCCGCCAGCAACAACGCAGCCCGGCAACAACGGGAGCGGCUCCCCAGCUGCAGCAGCAGCGUCCACAGCCACCCCUGGAGCCCCACGGAACCCCGCAACCGCAACCCCACCCCCGGAGGCGCUGCGCGGCGGCGGCGGCGGCCCGCCCACGCCCUUCCCGCAAUGCCAGAUCUCGCUCGGCAUCGACACGUCCGGGUCCACGUCCGGCCGGGUCAUCGCCUCGGAGCGCGAGUUCGUGACGAAGGUCGUGCUGCAGCUGGUGCAGGGGAACGUCCAGCAGAACGUGCACGUGCUGCCGUGGUCCAACACCGCGCUGCGCCCGUGCCUCAUUGCGGAUCUGCACAGGCUGAGGUCGGGCGGCGGCACGGAUCCGGCGGUCCUGCUGAGGUCGGAGCAGCAUCUGGCGGCGCUGAAGAGGAGCAAUGUGUGGUUCCUGCUCACGGAUGGGCAGGUGAGUAAUAAUGGGGUGAACCAUCUUGCGACGACCCUGACGGCGAAGAGCAUGCAUGGCGUGCCUUGUGUCAUUGUGAUCUUUGGCACUGGGGUCAGCAAUCCGUCGAGAUGUGACAUAUCUGUGGGGAUAUCCCCCUUUGCCGCCGUGCCGAAUUCGGCGCUCUUGUAUCAGAACAUCACUAGUAGGACCUGCUAUGUGCUUGGGACGAAGGGCUGCUUCAAUAAGCUUCUCCCUGAUGGGGCCUCGCAGCCAAUACUGGACGACGGCACAAGAUGGGUGGAUCUGCCUACAAUCCGGCCCGACACGGCGUUCGAGAACAUCAUCAUCCCGGCUGCGCGGGAGCUUGCGCCUGGGGAGCUGGCUCUGAGCAACGAUCUUACCAUCGACUUCAACAAUCUAUUUUCCUCAGAUCUUGAUGACGGCCAAAUCAAUAGCCUGCUUGGAAACGAGGACCAUCUUCAAGCAAUCCUACUUUCUUCCCACUCUCGCGGGCAAUUCUCGGACACUCUUACCUGGCUGGAGCGCCAAAGCUCCGUUGCUGCUACAAACGUAACAAGCGACGACGCUGCGCGGUCCACCAUUCGUGAUAUAUCUACGGCGAUUGCGAACCGGCGGUCUUCGGGCCCGGAAUUUGAGAGGUUGGCUCAGGAACUUAGAGAGACGCAUAGGACAAAUGCCAUGCAUCGGCAUUCCCGCUCUCGGGUGAUUGAUAAUGCCAUCAGCUCCCUCUACGAAACUUCAAGAACCGGAUUCCAAUCCUCCUCCCUCUCCACCUCCCGGCCAUCUAUCAGACCAGGUGGGCCUCCUCCUCCAAUGCUAGGGGGGAUGAAUUUCGGCAGACAGCCUAUCAGCAAACGACCUGUUUCUAGAGCCUUCAAACUACCAGUGUCUAAAUCCUUCAAAGGUGAUUGCGGAAUAUGCUAUGAGAACAACGUCGUCCUCACCGUUCUCUUAAAGCGCCCUCACUCUUACAACGCUGCCACCGCCAGGCGCAACGUCCGACUUGUGUUCCCACUUUCUCGCGGCGGGGCUCCCGAGAACGACAUCAUCUCCACGUUCCUCGUCUGCGAGAACUGCGCCGUCUAUCUCGUCGAGGCCGGCGAAACACCGUUCCGUGAGAAAGCCACCUCCGCCCUCCCGCUCGUCUCGUGGACCGAACAGUCCUCGCAGUGGCGCGGGACACUGCUGAAGGCGCUCGACUGCUUCACGCCGGACUCGAUCAGCGUCCUCCCGCUGCUGUUUUUUGCGAUUCUGGACCACACGAUCCAGACGAAGGAGUGGGCCAAGGCGGACGGCUCGGAGGAGAACAGGCAGCGCCACCGUGCGCUGACUUGGUGCCGCGAUAUGAUCCUGGAUGAGGUGAAGAUGAAUGGCGGCGGCACAAAGGGCGUGGUGGGCGAGUGGUGCAAGCACAUCAUCGCUGCGCCGGGAGACUCGGGCCUGGUGUGGAAGUAUCCGAUGGAUGGGUUCGUGCUCAUGAUUGGGGUUGCGAAGAGGCGGGGGCUGUCGCUGGAGCUGCUGACGAAGGCCGUGUGGAAGAAGUUGCUGCACCAGGUGACGGCACGGUAUAUGUUUGAGCUGGAUCAUGAUGUGGAGGGGAAGGGGGUGACGUCGACGUUGGAUUUUGCGCUGGAGAAGGUUGCGGCGCCGGGGUGGAUCGAUGAGAUGACGAGGCCGGAGUGUAGGCUGGUGGGGAGGGGCGAUCUGAAGAUACUGAGGAAGUUGGAGGAUGAGCUGGGGUGGGUGGAGAAUGUGGCGGGGGCGGCGAUGGGUAAGUGGCUGGAGUGGUUGAGGGGCAUGGGCCCGGGGAAGAGUACGGCGGAAGCGAUUGAGGAAAUUAUAGGCAAAUGGGGAUAUCAAGCAGCGACGGCUUUUGAGGUGCCGGAAGAGCUGGUCGUGUAG